AUGGCAAGACUCAAAUCGGAAAUCACCUCUUUUGAACAAAAAGAAAGUGAAUCUCUGUACGAGGCUUGGGAGCGAUUUAAGGGAUUACUCAAGAAGUGUCCUCAACAUGGAAUAGAAGCAUGGGAGAAAGCAAGAAUCUUUUUCCAAGGGAUGACGCCCAACACAAGAACACUGGUAAAUGCUGCUGCAGGAGGCUCCCUGAAGACAAAAACUCCAGAGGAAGCGCUAGAAUUGUUGGAAUCUUUAGCUUCUCAAGAAUUUGACAAUGCUCCAGUUGCACAAAGGAGAGCAGGAAUUAUGAAGCUCGACGGCUAUGAUGCAAUCUUAGCCCAAAAUGAACAAAUGUUGCAAAUGCAUAAGAAACAACAAGAACAAUUAGAUGCUCUUACUAAGCAAUUUAAUCUUUCUCAAAUUUCUUCUAUUAGAAAUUCUCAAAUUAAAUGUGGUAUUUGUGCGGAGGCUCAUGCAACUGAAGAUUGUGACUACAUGAGAACAACUGAAAAGCCACCAGCGGAGGCCAAUGGACUCUGGUAUGAUCAGAAGAAUCAGAAUCAACAUCCAGGGUUGAGUCACAAAUCCAACUAUCAGCUCAAUCCUCCCCUUCCAGUGCAACCACAUACCCCACAACAAAGUAACACUUCUGAGUGGGAGAAAGCUUUUGCACAGCUAUGCAAGACCACUUCUGAUUAUAUUCAAGGUGCAAAUGCUUUCGGAGAAGACACAUCUGCUUUCAUGCAAGAGACUAAAGCAGCACACCGGAAUCAAGAAGCUUCCAUAAGAAAUCUAGAAAUUCAUAUUGGCCAGUUGUCAAAGCAAUUUUCUGAGAGAGCUCCGGGUACUUUUCCAAGCAACAUAUUUGUCAAUACAAGGGAGCAUUGCAAUGCUAUCACCACUAUGAGUGAGACAGUGAUUUAG